CAUCGAUCCGUGUCAAUUCGUGUUUCAACGGCUCAGAUCAGUCUUUCAGAGCAACUGGAGGAACGAAGGGAAGAGGCUGGUAACUUGGCUGUCUUCUCUAUUCUCCCGUGCUCGAUCUCCGAUCGAUUUCUUCCUCCUUGCUGAACAAGGAGUUUCCAAAGUGCUGUGGUAAUUGGACUUGAAGAUCAAGGCCAUAUGGAGGAAUUGAAGGAGCAUGCUGAGGAAAACGAGGUCACUGUUUUGAAUGAGGAUGAGGACGAAUAUGACUCCGAGGAUGAUGUAGACGACGGAGAAGAUGAUGAAGACGACGACGAGGAUGAGGACGAGGACGAGGACGAGGACGAUGAUGAUGAAAACGACGAUGACGACGAGAAGGAUGACGAUGAUGCUCCUGAAGGUGGCGGCGACGACGAUGAGGAAGAAGAAGAAGGAGGAGGAGGUGACGGCGAGCGUGGUGGUGAUCCCGACGACGACGACGACGGAGACGAUGAUGAUGAUGACGAGGAGGAGGAGGAUUUGGGAACAGAGUACCUUGUUCGCCCUUUAGGCACUGCUGAGGAGGAGGAAGCAUCUAGUGAUUUUGAACCAGAGAAGAACGACAAGGAGGAUGAUGAAGGUGACGACAAUGAUGGCGAGAAGGCUGAGGUUCCACCAAAAAGAAAGAGGUCAGAUAAAGAUGAUGAAGAUGAAGAUGAAGAUGAUGAUGAUGAUGACGAUGAUGAUGAUGGUGGAGAAGAUGAUGAGAGGCCCUCUAAGCGAUAGAUUUGUGUCCAUUCUUUGCUUGAGGACUUGACAAGUAAACUAUAGGUAAACAUAUCACCCUCUGUCCGUUAAAUACCUUUCAGAGAAAGGAUAAGUAGGUUCAUGGAAUUGUUUCUUUCUCUCUUGUAUUAUUAUGGUGCAGCAGUAAUAGGCUUACUAGUUAUGAUUGGUCUAUAGUGGGUUAAAACGUGGUAGAACAAAUUUUGCAUACCUAAAUUUUAGCUUCUUUGUACUUUGUAGGUCGGUAGUUCCUGCUUUACUAUUUGUGAUACCCUAAAAUUGUUGGUACAUCUCUUCUGGUUUUAGAUAACGGAUUUUGAUUACAAUCUUAUUGUACUUAUUUGUUGUUACAUGUUAAUGGGUGCAUCA